CAGGACUUCGGGUCUCCGUAAACAAACGGCGGCCGCUCGGCUGAACUUUACAAACUCGAGACCGUUUCGUCCUGGAGGAUGACCGACCCUGAAACUCCGGAGUGACUCCGCGGCUCGUUCGCGGUCCUUCAUCUACGACGAGCACGUUCACCGGAAGCAGCAGCCAAACUUCUCCCGAGCUAGCUCUCUAGUUAGCAUCGGAAGCUAAAGGAGCGUCCGCGGGAACGCUUCACGGUUCAGUUCGCAGGCGCGUGCACGCUCCUUGCGUGAAGGUUCUCCCCGCAGCGCUGAUCCCGAGUCCCGCAGCCUUCGCAGCUCCGACCCCGCAGAGGCUGCCGGUCCCCGCGGAGCUGCCAUGAGCCGGUCUGCGGCCUGACCGGAGGACCAUGGCUGCGGACCUGCUGUUCGGGAAGAAGCCGCCGUCCUCCGCCGGAACCACCGCCGCCGUGCAGCGGUACCAGCAGCAGAACGUCACCAACAACAACACGUCCGCCGCGCAGGGCUGCGGGAGCUGGCAGGGCCUGUACCCCACCAUCCGGGAGAGGAACUCCGUCAUGUUCAACAACGAGAUGAUGGCGGACGUUCACUUUGUGGUCGGUCCGCCGGGCGGGACUCAACGGGUUCCAGGCCACAAGUACGUUCUGGCCGUCGGCAGCUCCGUGUUCCACGCCAUGUUCUAUGGAGAACUGGCCGAGGACCAGGAGGAGAUCCGGAUCCCGGACGUGGAGCCGCCGUCCUUCCUGGCCAUGCUGAAGUACAUCUACUGCGACGAGAUCGACCUCUGUGCCGACACGGUCCUCGCCACCCUCUACGCCGCCAAGAAGUACAUCGUGCCCCACCUGGCGCGCGCCUGCGUCAACUUCCUGGAGACCAGCCUGAGCGCCAAGAACGCCUGCGUGCUGCUGUCGCAGAGCUGCCUGUUCGAGGAGCCCGACCUGACGCAGCGCUGCUGGGAGGUGAUCGACGCGCAGGCCGAGCUGGCGCUGCGCUCCGAGGGCUUCUGCGACAUCGAUGCGCAGACGCUGGAGAGCAUCCUGCUGCGCGAGACGCUCAACGCCAAGGAGAUGGUGGUGUUCGAGGCGGCGCUGAGCUGGGCCGAGGCCGAGUGCCAGCGGCGCGAGCUCCCGCCCACCAUCGACAACAAGCGGCUGGUUCUGGACAAAGCCAUCUACCUGAUCCGCAUCCCCACCAUGGCGCUGGAGGACUUCGCCAACGGGGCGGCGCAGUCGGGCGUGCUGACGCUCAACGAGACCAACGACAUCUUCCUGUGGUACACCGCCUCCAACAAGCCGGAGCUGCAGUUCUGCUCCAAACCGCGCAAAGGCCUGGCGCCGCAGCGCUGCCACCGCUUCCAGUCCUGCGCCUACCGCAGCAACCAGUGGCGGUACCGCGGCCGCUGCGACAGCAUCCAGUUCGCCGUGGACAAGCGCAUCUUCAUCGCCGGCUUCGGCCUGUACGGCUCCAGCUGCGGCUCCGCCGAGUACAGCGCCAAGAUCGAGCUGAAGCGGCAGGGCGUGGCCAUGGCGCAGCGGCUCAUCAAGUACUUCUCGGACGGCUCCAGCAGCACCUUCCCCGUCUGGUUCGACUACCCGGUCCAGAUCGAGCCCGACACCUUCUACACGGCCAGCGUGGUUCUGGACGGGAACGAGCUCAGCUACUUCGGCCAGGAGGGCAUGACGGAGGUGCAGUGUGGGAAGGUCACCUUCCAGUUCCAGUGCUCCUCGGACAGCACCAACGGCACCGGGGUGCAGGGGGGGCAGAUCCCAGAGCUCAUCUUCUAUGCCUGAGCGGCCGGGACGGGGGCGGGACACAGGCCCCGCCUCAAGCUUGAGAGGGGGUGGAUAAACUGUUCUGCCCUCCAGUUUGUCCUGCAGCUCCCCCUGCUGGACACCCCUGGCGUCGGCAGCGGCGCCGCCUCGGUUAGCUCUGGUUAAGCUAACCAACUAGCUGGUUUGUUGCUGUUUGAGGCAGAGCUGCAAGUGGGUUGCCAUGGAAACAGCCUGGAGCCUUCCUGAUGAGUGGUUGAAACCUUGGCCUGGAGUUGCCAUGGCGACCUGUCAGGUGGAGGACUCCUCAGACCCGCAGGAUGAGCUGGCGUUCUUUCAACGGCGCCGUGACGUUUGGAUCCAAUCGCCAUUUCAGUCUGUUGCCUUAAAGAUGUUUUGUUUUUGUGUGUGAGGCGUUUCCAUGACGACACGCUGAAACAUUCCCGUCAUUUCACAUCUCUCCUGUGAUUCGAAACUCAUUUUUACCAAAACGUUUAACUCAUAAAUGUGCUCUUAUUUUGAAAGCCGUGUCUUCAUGUUGAUCCACUUUUCUGUGUUUUCUUCUUCUGAGCUCCAAGCUGCGGUGGUUCCGUCGGCGAGUCUGUGGCCUUAAAACCGGAAAUGUUGUUCCUCCGUUUGAUCAUGUAUGUUUCACGUGUCAAUGUUCUCGUUUAUAAAGACUUCCUGCAGUAAA